UAUAUUUGAUGCCUCCAUUGACUGAAGCUCGUAUCCCGAUGAUGAGGCCUGCCGGUAUGUCUUCCUCGGGCCAGGCUCGGGCUCAGGCUGCAGACGCCCCUUCUACUAGCAGGGCCGGUACAUCUAGAGGUGGGAGUAGACCGGUUCCUCCGGCUCCAUCGGUUCAUCCUCAUCCUGGGUGGCCAGAUAUGCCUACUGAGUUGAUGGCGUGGCAGUAUGGGGCUAGCUUUCCGACUCCGAUUCCACUAGAGCCUCCGAUGCCCAGUGAUCGAUACGCCAUUGAUCCGGACUCACCACCGCCAUCGCGAGGAUACAUGGAGGAGGUGGAUGGACUGGUGGCCACACUCGAGGGCAUGGUCCUGUGGAGGGAGGCACAGUUGUCUGUCGCGGGCAUCCAGGGGGCAGGGCCAUCUCGGCCUUCCAGAGGAUCCGGGCCAUCUAGGCCUUUCCGAGGAGCUCGAGGAGGGCCCGUCCGCAGACGCAGGGCUCACGUUGUGGAGGUGGGGCCUGAUGAGGAGGAGGAGGAUGCUGAGGAGGAGGAGGAGGAGACUACCGAUCGUCAGUUAGAGGCAUCUGCCGAGGAGGGAGGCUCCGACUCAGAUGAUGAUGAUGUUCCGUUUUGGUCACGCCCAGGCUUUAAGGCGGAUGUGUGGGCUCACAGCGCAUGA